AUUAUUAUUCACCCAAAGCUUAUAAUUUUUGGCGUUCAAUAUUAAGUUUACCACACCCAAGAUCUAUUAGUAGUUGGAUAUCAUCAAUAAAUGCUGAACCCGGUUUUUUUCAGGAAGUUUUCAAUUACCUGAAAAAUUUACCUCCACAGUACCGUGAUUGCAAUUUAAUAUUUGAUGCAAUGGCUAUUCGUAAAAAAAUAAUAUAUGAUCAUAAUAAUGAUAGAUUUGUAGGAUACUGUGAUUUUGGGGGAAUACAAGUGGAGUGUCAAGAAACUCCAGCUACCGAAGCUUUAGUAUUUAUGUUGGUUUGUUUAAACGGCAAAUGGAAGUGGCCUAUAGGUUAUUUUUUACAAGCCAAAAGUACUGCUUCUAUACAAGCAGGGCUUGUCACAACUGCUAUUACCAUGGCUCAUUCUAUUGGAUUACGGAUAUGGUCUGUUACCUGUGAUGGCACUUCCACCAAUUAUUCUACCAUGUCAUUAUUAGGAUGCAAAAUAAGUAGUUGUUAUUCAGAGAUUGUAGAAUAUUUUUUAAUUCCAGAGAUAGAUCAGAAGAUUCGUUACGUUCCUGAUUCAUGCCAUAAACUUAAAAUUAGCUCGAAAUGCUUUGGGCACUUACAAAAAGUUUAAACAUAACGAUAAUGUGAUUGAUUGGUCAUUCUUGCAGAAUUUACAUAUGGUCCAGGAAAAUAUUGGUUUGACCUUGGCGAAUAAAUUAACAACCACUCAUCUUGAUUGGAAGAGAAAUGUUAUGAAAGUAAAAGUUGCAGCACAAACUUUUAGUUCAUCAGUGGCAGAUGCUUUUGAAUUUUUUAGGCAGUUAAAUUUACCAGACUUUAAAAACUGUAAGUUUCAA